GUCUGUUUGGACACGACCCUUCUGUUUUUAACAAACACAAACACACAAAAUCUCUCUCAGUUUCUCACUCUGUGUACUUGUUUGUGAAACAGAAGAAAGCAACAAUGAGCGAUAUAAGGUUGAAAUUCUUGGAGGUAUACUCUGUGUUGAAGUCAGAGCUCCUCAAUGACCCGGCUUUCGAAUUCAGUGACGAUUCUCGUCAAUGGGUCGAGCGGAUGCUGGACUACAAUGUACCAGGAGGAAAGCUGAACCGAGGACUAUCUGUCAUUGACAGCUACAAGUUACUGAAAGAAGGAAAGGAACUAACAAAUGAUGAGGUUUUUCUCGCAUGCGCGCUUGGUUGGUGCAUUGAAUGGCUUCAAGCAUAUUUUCUUGUUCUUGACGACAUCAUGGACAAUUCUGUUACACGCCGUGGUCAACCUUGCUGGUUCAGGCAACCUAAGGUCGGUAUGAUUGCUGUAAAUGAUGGCUUAAUUCUUCGUAACCACAUCCCAAGAAUUCUCAAAAAGCACUUUAGAGAAAAGCCUUAUUAUGUGGAUCUACUGGAUUUAUUUAAUGAGGUGGAAUUCCAAACAUCAUCAGGACAAAUGAUAGAUUUAAUUACCACACUUGUAGGAGAGAAAGAUCUAUCCAAGUACUCAUUGACUUUGCACCGCCGCAUUGUGCAGUACAAAACAGCUUAUUAUUCAUUCUACCUUCCUGUUGCUUGUGCAUUGCUUAUGGCAGGUGAAAUUCUUGAAAAUCAUAUUAUUGUGAAGGACAUUCUUGUCAAAAUGGGGACAUAUUUUCAAGUACAGGACGAUUAUCUGGAUUGUUUUGGUGAUCCUGAAGUGAUUGGAAAGAUUGGAACAGAUAUUGAAGAUUUUAAGUGCUCUUGGUUGGUUGUGAAAGCACUAGAGCGUUGUAAUGAGGAACAGAAGAAACUAUUAUAUGAGAACUAUGGGAAAGCAGAUCAGGCACGUGUGGAAAAAGUAAAAGAGCUAUAUAAAGUUCUUGAUCUUCAGGGUGUAUUUGUGGAGUAUGAGAAAGAGACUUAUGAGAGGCUUCUAAAUUCCAUUGAAACUCAUCCAAGUAAAGCAGUACAAGCAGUGUUGAAAUCAUUCUUGUCAAAGAUUUACAAGAGGCAGAAGUAGAAACUGAGACAGAAGGUUCUACAGAGUUGAUAUCCUGUUCUCAGUUCUCACCAUUAGCAUUUGCUCUCUCCCUUUGGAGGAGAAGUGUUUCUUUCUACUAUCUAUAAACAUUUGGAGCCGUUUGGUAACGUUGUUUUAGUAAUAUUGUUUAUAUUUUUUUGAAAUACAUGUAGAUAAAAAAACGUGUGAAAAUGCGUAUAAUGUUGUUUAAAAACUGAAAACAUGUUGUUAAACCACUCUACCAAACGGGGCCUUCUUUCAGUUCU